GCCGCUGUGUUGUUCAGCUCCAGCUUCGGUUCGUCAUGGCCCGUACCAAGCAGACUGCCCGCAAGUCGACCGGUGGCAAGGCCCCGCGCAAGCAGCUGGCCACCAAGGCGGCCCGCAAGAGCGCGCCGGCCACGGGCGGCGUCAAGAAGCCGCACCGUUACCGGCCGGGCACGGUGGCGCUGCGCGAGAUCCGGCGCUACCAGAAGUCCACGGAGCUGCUGAUCCGCAAGCUGCCCUUCCAGCGGCUGGUGCGCGAGAUCGCGCAGGACUUCAAGACCGACCUGCGUUUCCAGAGCUCCGCCGUGAUGGCGCUGCAGGAGGCGAGCGAGGCCUACCUGGUGGGGCUGUUCGAGGACACCAACCUGUGCGCCAUCCACGCCAAGCGCGUCACCAUCAUGCCCAAGGACAUCCAGCUGGCCCGCCGCAUCCGCGGGGAGGCCUUUGGGAUUGCCAAGCGUCAGGCCUGCACCGGCAGCCUAGCCUCCGAAGCCGUACAGGGUGCGGCCCUGUCGCUUGAGGGCGUACACCACGUCCAUGGCGGUGACCGUCUUGCGCUUGGCGUGCUCCGUGUAGGUGACGGCGUCCCGGAUCACGUUCUCCAGGAACACCUUCAACACACCGCGGGUCUCCUCGUAAAUGAGGCCCGAGAUGCGCUUGACUCCUCCACGCCGAGCGAGGCGCCGGAUCGCGGGCUUGGUGAUCCCCUGGAUGUUGUCCCUCAGCACUUUACGCACUCUCGGAAUAAAACCGGUGACAUCAUGGCUCGUACCAAGCAGACUGCCCGCAAGUCGACUGGUGGCAAGGCCCCGCGCAAGCAGCUGGCCACCAAGGCGGCCCGCAAGAGCGCGCCGGCCACGGGCGGCGUCAAGAAGCCGCACCGUUACCGGCCGGGCACGGUGGCGUUGCGCGAGAUCCGGCGCUACCAGAAGUCCACGGAGCUGCUGAUCCGCAAGCUGCCCUUCCAGCGGCUGGUGCGCGAGAUCGCGCAGGACUUCAAGACCGACCUGCGUUUUCAGAGCUCCGCCGUGAUGGCGCUGCAGGAGGCGAGCGAGGCCUACCUAGUCGGGCUGUUUGAAGAUACCAACCUGUGUGCUAUCCAUGCCAAGCGCGUCACCAUCAUGCCCAAGGACAUCCAGCUGGCACGCCGCAUCCGCGGGGAGCGGGCUUAAGGCAUAUGUUCCUAAGCAGACCAUCUAAAGGCUCU